CACCCCAUGACUCUUUCAAAACCCCUCAAAAAGAUCCCCAAAAGAAGCUCACCAUAAAAACCCACUCUCUUCUUACCCAUCUUCUAUGCUCUCACUUUCUCAUGGAUUUUCUUACUCUCUUUUUUACUGCCUCCCUUCUCGCCGGCGGCGGCCUUUACUGGUUCCUUUGCAUCCUUGGUUCUGCCGAGCAAAAGGGUAAACGUGCCGUCCAACUUUCCUUCGGUUCUUUAGCCAAAGAGAAAGUUCAAGAAGGUUACAAACAGUACUGGUCUUUCUUCCGCUGCCCUAAAGAGAAUAUUAACACCGCCGAUAAAGUCCCUGCCUUUGUUGACACUUUCUAUAACCUCGUGACUGAUAUGUACGAGUGGGGUUGGGGUCAAUCUUUUCACUUCUCGCCUUCUAUCCCAGGAAAAUCCCAUCGCGAUGCCACCCGCAUGCAUGAGGAAAUGGCCGUCGAUCUCUUGGGUGUAAAACCCGGAUCCCGCAUUCUCGAUGCUGGCUGUGGGGUUGGCGGGCCGAUGCGGACUAUCGCAGCCCAUUCAGGUGCUAAUGUAGUCGGCAUCACCAUUAAUGAGUACCAGGUGAAACGGGCUCGAGCCCACAACAAGAAAGCCAGGCUUGACUCCCUCUGCGAGGUGGUUUGUGGCAACUUUUUGGAAAUGCCUUUUGCUGACAACACUUUCGAUGGAGUUUAUUCCAUUGAAGCCACAUGUCAUGCCCCAAAGCUCGAAGAAGUGUAUAAAGAGAUCUAUCGAGUGUUAAAGCCCGGAUCUUUUUACGUCUCCUACGAGUGGGUUACGACCGAAUUGUACAAUUCGAAUAAUCCGGAACACGUGGAGAUAAUUCAAGGGAUUGAAAGGGGUGAUGCAUUACCGGGGUUGAGAAGCUACAAGGACAUUGGUGGAAUUGCUAGGAAAGUGGGGUUCGAGGUGGUAAAGGAGAAAAAUUUGGCUAAGCCACCAGCGAAGCCGUGGUGGACAAGGCUGAAAAUGGGGAAGAUUGCUUACUGGAGGAAUCACAUUUUGGUGACAGUGCUUGCAUGGCUUGGUAUUGCACCUAAAGGAGCGGUUGAUGUGCACGACAUGUUGUUUGUGACGGCUGAUUAUUUGUCUAAAGGGGGUGACACUGGCAUUUUCACUCCUAUGCAUAUGAUUCUCUGCAGAAAGCCUGAAUAAUUUAACAUGCCUUUUUCCAAUGCAGUAUCUAGACAUUUUCGAUAGAAGUUAUUGGUUAUUUCAGCUCUUUUGCUCGCUUUGGUAUCUACAUGUUUUUUUAGCCCUAUUAUAUUAUUGGAUUUAAUUUACUGUUGUUUUCCUCUUCUUGUUCUUUUUUUAAUUUAAAAAUCAAUUUGUUGUUUGAUGAAACUUUGAAUAUAUCAUCUUCUUCUGAUAUA